AUGAUGAAACCAACCCCCCCAACAGGGGCUGGCGCUGACCGCAUGUUCUCCGUGCUGGAAGCAGACCGAGCCCUUAUGAGAGCUUUCGAUAUCCUCUUUGGGAGCCUUGCCAGAUUCUGCACCUUUUUCGCCCUUGGGCUACUUUACCUGCCACUCUUGGCUCUCGUGGUCGCAAUCAUUAGCAUAUCCCAGGCUGGUGGUCAAACACCUGAUGAUGACCAGCCCUCCACUGGUUCCCUAUUUGUGAUUGCUCUUGCAGCUGGGCUCUGUGCUCCGGUCGUCUUUCUUGCGGAAGCCGCAAUCAUCCGUGCCACUGCAGAAGUUUAUUGUGGUGAACAGCCAAGAUUGGGGUCUGCGGUUAGGUUGGGUAUCCGAAACAUCUGCCGUCUGUAUUGUUUUGGCUUUGUUUUGUUGGUUCCCCUCGUUGGGAUGGCCCUGCUGGGUUCCGCAUUGGCUGUGCUUGUCAUUGGUAUGAUGCAGCAAUCUGAUAAAGCCAUCCACAGUGUUGGGAUUGUUCUAGCUCUGGCCCUCUUUCCUGUGUGGUCUAUCGCCUACUUUUAUGUGAUGAUUCCAUUUCAAAUGGCCCCACCAUCUCUUGUCUUGGAACGCUCAACAACUGUAGCUGGUGUAGUUGGCCGUGUCUGGGAGCUGUCCAGAGGACGUCGUUGCACUAUCUUUCCGUGCACUAUCUUUUCUGCCACUUUCUUGCUUGCCACCACGAACUUCCUAGCGGGCCUGAUUCCCUUGGUGAACUUGUUUUGGAACUUGCUUUCUUUGCCUCUAUCCUGCAUUCUUGCGACCGUUCUGUAUCUCAACCUCCGUGUGGAAAAAGAGGGCCUUACAUGUGCCAAACUACGAAUGGAACUUGGACUGGACGCGGACGGGAUGGAGCUGGUCAUGACAGAAGAAGAGAAUUACCUGGAUGAGCCUGAACAGUGCCUGGAAGCUGGUCUAGUGCGCCGCUGUCGUUGA